GUACACAUACGCUCCAAAAAAUAAUCGGAUGCAUGUAAAAUAGAGGGGCAGCAUCGACAUGUCGGCCACGGUUCCCUUAAGUAAUUAUUAUGUAGAUUCCUUGAUAAACCACGAAAGCGAGGAUGUUAUUGCGGCUCGAUUCUCGGGUUCUGGUUCGCACCCUACCGGCCCUCGUCCGACGUCCCUCGUAUCGGAGUGUGGUGACUAUCCCUCCUGCAGCUUUGCCUCUAAACCAUCCGUUUUCACUACAUCCUGGACCCCUGUUCACUCCCAGUCCUCAGUGGUCUACCAUCCAUACAGCCAUCAACCUCAUCUAGGAACGGACUCAAGGUAUGUGCGGUCAUGGCUGGAGCCGAUCUCGGGGGCAAUGUCCUUUCCAGGCUACCCUGCCAACGCCAGACACUAUGGGCUGAAGCCCGACGCCUUCCAGGAGCAUCGAGCCAGUGACUGCCUCGCCUCCAACGGACGCACCUACACGGAUUAUAUAUAUUGCACCACCGCUGACAUCCGAGAAAAGACCCAACCAAAUAUCCCUUCUCCCGAGACCGAGCCUUUGGCUUUCGGGAAGCAUAAAGACGAGAAACCAGAAUUAGACCCGAAUAACCCAGUUGCAAACUGGAUUCACGCGCGUUCAACAAGGAAGAAGCGGUGCCCUUAUUCAAAAUACCAGACUCUCGAACUUGAAAAGGAGUUUUUGUUCAAUAUGUACCUAACCAGAGACCGUCGAUACGAGGUGGCAAGAGUCCUCAACCUCACGGAGAGGCAGGUCAAAAUCUGGUUCCAGAACCGGCGCAUGAAGAUGAAGAAAAUGAACAAAGAAAAAACCGACCGCAACAAAGAACAAUAAUAAAGGAAUGGUUACAACAACGACAAAGAACAAAAACAAGAAUCAGACACAGUAAAAUAACCACUAUUGCCAUGGAUAACAACAAAGAUGAACCAAAAUACAUGAUGCCCCCUUCUUAAUGUUGGAUUUUGUGUUGGAUGUUGUUUGUGUUUUUUUAUUAACCCCACCUUCCAUGUUUCUCUACAUGCACCUUUCCUUGUCCAGGUUUAAAAUAGCCUUUAAGGAAAGAAAACAUUUGCACUUGUGAAGAUACAUGUAGGCCUCUAUGUUUAUUUACAUAAGGAACAUUUGAAACAUUAAACAUAUUUUGAACAAAUGUAUAACUGUCCCAAAGUAUAAGGAAUGGAACACUGGAAUUAUUUUAAUUUCUACCCUCCAUAAUUUAUGACGUCCGUGCGAAUAUUCCUUACAUGCUUGUUUCUUGUGAAUGUCAUGCAGGUGUUGUGGCAUAUUCUGUACAGAAAGAGAACGUAUGCCCUCUUAACAAAUGUAUGUCUGUCUUGUGUAUAUGUGGUAACGUAUCCGUUCGGUGUACUUAUUUGUGCGUUUCGUAUUAUUUUGAUUGUAUAGACAACAUGGCACAUUCAUUAUAGAAAGUGUAGAUAUAGACCUACUCAAAUAUAAAAAUGAUCAUGA